AUGAGUCACCUAAGUGUACUGAACAUAUUCAACCAUUUGUGUGUGUCCCUCAUUUUCGUCGAACAAUCGCCUAAAGGUGUGACUGUGCGACGCAAAAAUGUGUUCCGAAACAUAUUACUUCUCACUGUUGCAGUGUCGAUCGUUUGUUAUCUCGGGUUGAUGCGAACAUUUAACCACUUUCGUGAGAUGGUCGGUUCGGUGACGGAAAUUGUACAUCUACUGAAGUACAGCAUCAAUGGCCAGAUCAUUUGCACUAUUCUGAGAUGGAUGUAUCAGUACAGCGACACAGUAGUAGAAAUAUGCAAUAAAACCAUCGCAAUAAACGAUGCUGUUCGAAGACUGCACAUAGUACGCGAACUUGUCGAGCGACAUGCGCUGCUAAAGCUGCUAAUCGCCGUCAGUAUCCUGGUGCGAUGUUCAUUCUUAGGGAUGCAUAUAUACUUGCAGUUCAGAUACGGUCUUUCCUACGAGACGUAUUUAGUGCUGCACGGUAGUGUCCUGGUGGAGUUAACGAUAGACCUGCAAAAGGUUUUUCUGCUAUAUUUCGCAUGUUACCUAACCAAACGAUAUGAAAUCGUGAUGUUUUUAUUGGGUAAAAGAGAUGUGGUUGACGUGGUUGCUAUUUAUACCAUAUAUGAGGAUAUAAUCGCUUUAAAAAAGCAUCUGUCACAAACGUUUGGAGUACUGCUGCUUGUCCUCAUACUACAAACAUUUUUAGCAUGCUCUAUUCAUGCGUACCUCAUUAUCGUACAAACUGUCCAUUCUUUUGAAGUAUGUGCUAAUGUCGCUCAGCUUUUAAUAAAUCUUCUGUUGUUCUACAUGUUGACAUAUUCCUAUGAUUGUGUUGCAACGAAGGUGGGUUGUUGUGUCUCAGAAUUGAAAAACGCCUUGAAAUCAAUGCAAUACACAAACAUUAAAAAACAAACCAGAGAUCAGAAGGAUUUCUAUGAUUUGGUUAACCUCAAGUUGAUGAUGGAAUCACCAAAGAUAACCGCUUGUGGACUUUUCGAAAUAAAUUUGCAAAUAUUCUACAACGUUUUUGCAGCCAUUAUAACGUACAUUGUAAUUUUAUUCCAGUUUCGUGGAUUUGAAAAAUCACCGUGAAGAAAACCACUUCUUGUAAUUCAACUCACAUGUAAUAAAAUAGUACAAAUAUUGAACAAAACAGUAUCGUUAUAGGUGUAAUUCAUUCCUACAAAAUUGAUCCAAUCUUUGACUUUCGCCAAAACACGAUAAGAUAUAGAAUAUUGUGA